AUGAGCCCUGCCAUCUUUCUAGCGGGUCUCUGUGUCGGGGUGUUCAUUCUCCAAUGGAUUUCACAACUCAUCUCCCGCCGCCAACAAGCCAAGACAUGGGGUUGUAAGCCCGCACACCGCGCACCGGGCACCAUUGGGAUAGCGCCCUUCUACAGAUUGACUAAAGCCUUCCGCGAAAAGCGCUGGAUCGAACUCAUCGCAGACGAGUAUGCGCGCUACGGGACCACACACAAGCAAGCCUUGCUGGGCAAGGAUUACAUCACAACCAUCGAGCCAGAUAAUGUCAAAGCGAUUCUCGCCACUCAAUUCAACGACUUUUGUCUUGGAGUUCGCCAUGCUCAAUUCUAUCCAUUGUUGGGGGACGGCGUUUUUACACUCGAUGGUGCAGGCUGGACGCAUGCCCGCGGCCUACUGCGACCUCAAUUCUCGCGCGAACAGGUCGCCGACCUAUCCAUGCUGAAUGAUCACAUAUCACACCUGGUGAAUCUUGUUCCACAAGAUCGAUCUGUGUUCGACGUUCAGCAACUCUUCUUCAUGCUCACCCUAGACUCGGCCACCCAUUUCCUGUUCGGCGAGUCCGUGGGCUGCAUGCUACCUCCUUCCCAAACCUCUGGUGUUUUACAAAACUCGGCUGUCGGCAAUGCCAAGGGAUUCGCACAUUCCUUUGAGCUCGCGCAAGGUUGCAUCAGGGAUCGAGUGAUUGCACAGAACUUAUACUGGUUUAUUAACCCCCAAGGAUUCAAGGAUGCCAACAGGAAGGUUCAUGAGGUUAUUGAUCAUUAUGUCCACAUUGCCCUCGAGUCAAAACGCAAGGCAGACAGCACGGAUGGGCGGUACAUCUUCCUUCGGGCGUUGGCGGCCGAGACUGACGAUCCCAAGUUGCUGCGAGAUAGCAUGCUCAAUAUCUUGCUUGCGGGGCGGGACACCACGGCCAGUCUCUUGAGCUCAACGUUCUUCUAUUUAGCAAGGCACCAGAAGGUCUGGACACGACUGCGCGGAGAGAUACUGAAAGAGUUUGGGGAUGACACUCAAGCGGAGAUCACCCACGCGUCGCUUAAGAACAUUCGGUAUCUGAGAUAUGUCUUGAAUGAAGCUCUUCGUCUUCAACCGCCUGUUCCCGUGAACUUCCGAGUUGCAACACAAGAUACCUCCUUACCGGUAGGUGGAGGAGAGGAUGGCCAAUCCCCUAUUUUCGUCAAGAAGGGGCAGCAAGUUUAUUAUAGUGUCUUUGCCAUGCAUCGCCGUACGGAUUUAUGGGGAGAAGAUGCAAGUAUAUUUCGACCUGAACGCUGGGAGGAAAAUGCGAAACACGGCUGGGAGUAUCUUCCUUUCAAUGGUGGACCACGCAUCUGUCUAGGCCAGCAAUAUGCGCUUAACGAGGCCAGCUACACCGUCGUUCGUCUGAUGCAGCACUUUGAUACUCUUGAGAAUGCCGAUCCGCAUCCUCGAACAGAGCCUAUCAAGCUGUCUAACCUGACGAUGUCUCAUGAGCUUGGCGUGCCGAUCCGGUUGUAUUCGACGAAGCAAGCUCUAUAG